AUGAGGAGGAGAGCUAAUGUCCUUAGUGACCAUUCUAGAGAUGAAAAUGAGGAACCACACAUUCAAGAAGAAUAUCAAUGGAAUGAACAAGACUUCAUAAUCCCAGAAGAAAUGGAUCCAGAUGUCAUGUUUAUGAUGGAAUUAGACCAUAGGAGACGAAUGGCAGAAAUAGAAGAUUUGCCAUUUGUACAAGUUCAGCCAAUUUCUGAUACAGAAACUAUUGUUAAUAUUGAUAACAUUUGUGUUGUAUGCUGUGAUUCUAUUAGAACACAUGCGUUUAUACCAUGUGGGCAUAGGCCAGUAUGUGGAGAUUGUUUGUUGUUACUUCAUCCAAAACGAUGCCCAUUGUGCAAUCAGCCAUUUACAACGUACAUUCGUAUUUGGUCAUAA